AGUCCUACCAUCGUGAGACGCUGCUGUGAUGGUUCACUGAUACAAAUCGAGCAAAACAGAACCAGGAUGUGGGCCUUUAUAUUUUUGUGUAUCAUGGGACUAAACAUCCAUCAGGCUACUGGAAAAGAAAACUCAACACAAAUGCAUUAUGCCAAACUGACAAUAGAGGAAACGUCAAUCGACAACAUAACUCAGAUACUGAAAUCUUUCACGGUUAACGAAAACCUGCAAGUUGAUGACCCUAAAAUGACAACAACCUGUCAGAAUGUCUCGGCCGACACAGUGUGCACAUGCGCGUCAGGCCACAGAUGGAGUGAUAAAGUUUGUCAAUCUGAUAAGAAAUGUUGUGGCAACGAGAAAUGUACCUUCCCCCAAAACUCAGCUCACAUGUGUGUUUCAAACACCACAGUCACUAUAACAGGAUCUGUCACUAUGAAUGGAACGUCUCAUGAAGGUUGUCUGGCAGAAGAAACCACUGUGAAGUUUAAGAAUUGUAGUAGCAACUUGUUAGAAAAGAUGAAAAAAGUGUACAGCACUUUGAAGGGAUUUGAUGUCUUAAAAAUUAUCACAUUCAGCAUCGGAAGCAUCAUCGUAGAUUUUGAAAUGACCAUUGUUUCCAGCAUCGAGCCACAAAAUCUGAUUGAGAAAUCAUUAAAACUGACCGAUAUUCUGGAAGCCUCCCUAAAUCUGGAAACGACAGGUGUUGUCCUUUUAGAGAUGCCAAAUAACCCUGUGAAUUACAGCUCCAAGCACCAGCUCACAUGCAAAUCAGCGUCAGUUCUGAACGAAACUCCAGUGUGGCAGCUGAAAAAACAUGAAAAAAUCCAUGUCAUAAAUAAUGGCACAGAAUCAGAGGUGAAAUCAGAAGCACACAAAACCAGUCUCACUCUCAAAAACAUAACAGACAUCUGGGCAGGAGAGUACAAAUGUACCUAUCAUCAACGUUUAGGAUCAUGCACCGUGGCUCACAGUGCCAGUGCUGUAAUGAGUGUAUCCCUCCUGCCAAACAUUGUCAUCACCACGGUUCCAGAAUUUCCAUUCUGUGUAAAAAAGGAUCAUGUGCUAGUAAAAGCCACAUGUGAGAUAAUGGCAAGCAAUGAACCUUACAAUGUGACAUGGACAAACGAUAACAUCGAUGCUGGCAUAACUCCAAAACCACAUCGCAAUUCUUCUGAAGGAACUUUUGUUUAUGAAGCUGAGACAUUGGUUGCCUGCAAGGCAUCCAACCAGAUUGCGCAAGUAACUUGCACAUUUCAGAACAGGGGUUAUCAAAAGAGAAAUGCUUCGGUUGAAAUCAAUGUCAUACGCGAUCAUGAUAAAUUCUGUGAAGCUCAAGGUGAUUGGAAAGUUACCAAAGCUGGAUUUACAGCAGUGUUACAAUGCAAGAAUGCAGUUGGACAAAGACGAAGGGAAUGCAAUAAAAACACUACAUGGAAAGAGGAAGAAUCAGUGUGUGUGAACCCGGAAGUGAAUAGUGUGCUCCAAAGUGCAGCUAUUGUUAACAUUGGACUCGGCUCAGUAGAAGAAAAUGUUGCAAUAGUAUUUUCCCGCCUCGACAACAUCACUAAUAAAACAAACACUAUCAACACUUUCGCCAAUAUGAAAACAUCAGUUGAUGUACUCAUGACCUUGAGUCAAAAGCUAACCAACAUAGACAAUAAAUCAACGGUUGAUGACCUUCUGGACUCAUCCAGCAAUUUGCUGGAGAAGUCUCUUGAAAACUCUUGGACAGGAAAAAACAACAAAGGCAGUUUUUCAGUGGCAGAGACGUAUCUGAGUUCUGUUGAAAAAUUAAUUGAGAUUACAAAUAUAACAGGCAGCAGCAAAAAAACAAAUAUAGAGGUAGACAAGUGCGAGAAGGAACAGGGAUCGAAAUGUAGUAACACUGUGUUCAACGUAACAGUCAAUCUUGAUGGUUCAGCCAAUGGUAGUGUAAAAACAGCUGGAUUCCUACAACUGCAGAAUUAUUUGCCCCACAAAGAUGAGAAGACCGUGAUCAACAGCAUUGUUGUGUCAACAACUGUUGAAAACAUAACACAGAAUAAAGUUUCGGUUGAUAUUAUCUUCCCAUUGCUCAGUCAGAGGCGUCGCCAUGUUAAGAUGCAGUGUGUCUCGUGGGACAACAUCACCAGACAGUGGUCAGAUAAGGGAUGCAAAUGGCAGGGUGCUCAUGACGAGGGACACUGCAUUUGCGAACAUUUGUCCUCAUUUGCUAUUCUAAUGUCUAAGGAGCCGUUGGAGAUCCCUGGGAUGAAUGAGAUAACCUUGGUCGGGCUGUCUAUAUCAGUCAUGUCUCUAAUUAUUAGUCUUGUGAUACAAGUGAUCGUUUGGAAUGGUGUAGUUAAAUCAAACGCUUUAUAUUUACGCCACAUUGCCCACGUAAACAUUUCUCUAUGCUUGCUAGUCGGAGAUUGCUGUUUUUUAGCAUCUUAUAAACCGGAAGUUCUUUCAAAAAUUUGGUGUAAGACUGUUGUGGUGUUGAAGCAUUUCUGUUACUUGUCCAUGUUCUUUUGGAUGUUGUGUCUGAGCUGCACGCUUCUUCAUCAAACAGUUUUCAUAUUUCACAAGGUGAGCAAGAAAAACUACCUGAAGUUCUCGUUAAUCCUGGGCUAUGCAUGCCCUUUUCUUAUUGUUACUAUCACAUUUCUUACCAACAACGGUGCUGAAGGCGCAUACUUCUCCACUGAGACCUGUUGGCUGGUUUAUAUCAGACUUUUACAAGGGUCCAUCCAUACAUUUCUCAUUCCAAUUGGUAUAAUUAUUUUCAUCAAUGUGUUCGCCAUGCUGGUGGUAAUCAUGAAGCUUUUGGAUCAAAGUCCGAACAGAGCAAUAUCUAAUGAAAAAGAAAAAACAGCUGCCAAAACUGUCGUGAGGACAGUUAUUCUUCUGACUCCAAUCUUCGGUGUCACUUGGAUUUUUGGAUUUGGUGUAAUGCUGCUUGAUCUCUCAUCUGGAUACAUAGCGUUUGCAGUCAAUUAUGCCUUCACCCUAAUGAACGCAUUCCAGGGGCUUUUCAUUUUGUUAACCACAUGCCUGGGGGACAAACAGAUCCGUGACACACUGCUGAGUAAUUUCAAGAAAACUGUGACAGCAUCCAUCAGUGACACCUCCACAAAGUUAGACUUGAUACGGAAGAAGUGAAAAUUGUCUGUGUUGUAUGUGUACUCAAAUCACAAC